AUGGAGAGUUCCCAGUUUCGAACGACGUAUCAAUACACACCAUUGCUUACAGAAAAUCACAUACGCCUCCUGAAGAUUUCAAGACACAAUAGCGAGAGUGGUACCCGUCAGGUUGCGUAUAAACUUGUCGAAGCAAAUCUCUCAUCCACGUACCCGGAGUUCGAAGCUAUAUCUUAUACAUGGGGCAACCCGGCUCGAGUCUCGUCUCUUCCCGUCGAAGGAAGCCCCGGCACCAUCGGCCUCACAGAACACCUUACGCAGGCAUUGCCUCAUCUAGAGAAGCACUGCACCACUAGUCAUCUCUGGAUCGACCAGAUAUGUAUCAAUCAAAGCAGCAAAGAAGACAAGGCGCACCAGAUUGGGAGGAUGGCCCAAAUAUACAGUGCCGCGAAAAGGGUCGUCGUAUGGCUCGGACCCGACGACGAACACAGCCGGCUUUGCAAACAAUGGCUGAACGAGGUGGACAAGAUGUUACGAAGACUGCCAAACUCCCACGUCAUGUUGCGGGAUUCGCCCACUUUCAACUCAGACAUCAGACUAACCAUCGUCCGCAGUACGUUCGGCAAGCAAGAGUCGGAUGCUAUCUAUGUUCCCGCCAUCCGUCAGUGGUGGUUGCGACCCUGGUUCAGGAGAGGAUGGGUUGUCCAGGAACUCUUACGUGCGGCGGAUGUCCUAUUCGUCACCGGAGAUGUGGGCUACUCCUUGCAAGACCUCGCCGAGCUGCAGACUAUCCCUCCGGAGAAACCCCUCAGCUAUACCGGUGAUGUAAACAUUGCCUACGACAUCCUCCUGAAUCUCAAGGCUGCCCCGUAUGAAGAAGAACAGCCUCUCCGUUUCCUACGUAUCAUGACCCAGGUGGCCGAGGAGUUCGCCACGUCUGAGCUGGCCGACAACCUGUACGCGUUCCUCGGCAUGAUCGAUGGCUCCGAUUUUACGCCAAACUACGACCUGUCAAUCAAGCAGAACUUCACCGCCUUCGCCGUGUCUCUGGCCCGCAGCUUUGGCUCGUUGGACUUUCUGUCUCUGUGGUCGGCCAACCUCGACCUACUGCUGCCCAACACGCCAGAGGAGCUGAAGAACUUUCCCUCUUGGGUCCCUUCGUACUCCGGGACGCCCCUUUCGGCACCCUUCAGACUCGCGGCCGGCGGCGCGCGGACAUUCCGCAACACCGUCACCUGGAAUGCGGCCAACGGGAGGCGACACAUACACAACCAGCCCGAAGACGCCGUCACCACCGGCCGCCUCCGGGCCCGCGGCAAAGUCAUCGACUACAUCGACGUCAUCAGCGCGACGAGAAUCGCACGCUGCUGGGACACGGAAGAAGCCUAUCUUGACUCGCUCGUGAAGCAGAUACGCAACGAUCUCCCCGACUCGCCGUUUAAGGAUUGGACUCUGCUUUCCCUCGUGGAGUUCCUCAACACGGCAUCGGCCAACGGAAAUACGCCUCGAGAAACACCCGAAGAAGUCUUGGGCCUGAUACCGAAAGAGUGGGGGAAUGAGCUCUUCAAUCGGAAUGGGUACAACGAGAGCCUCGCGGCGUGCUUGGCUAUGGCCAAGGGGAGGAAAAUCGUCAUGACGGAACGAGGGAGAAUGGGGAUGGUGCCGUGGAUUGGAAGCAAAGGAAGAAACGGAGAGGAGAAGGGCAGUGUGAUUGUGGCGUUGCAUGGGUGUUGCGUUCCUAUCGUCUUGGAACCUGUUGGUGGUGAUGAGUACAAAGUGUUAGGGGACUGUUAUAUCAAGGGUGUGAUGCAUGGCGAAGCGGUGGUCUGGGAAGACGAGGAUGCUGAUACUUUUAUUCUCAUCUAA